AUGCAAAGACAGAGCAUGAAGAACCCAGCAGACGAGUCUCAGUCCAGGAGCAGGUUCACGGUGUUGGAUGCGGAGGCCCCGGAGUUCACGCCGUCAGGGUGCAUGGCACCUGAGCCCUUCGCUGUGGAUGGAACAGCAGACAUCACUAUUGAUGGGUUACAGAUAGAUGAGGAGGUUGAAGAAGUGGAGGAGGUCAGACAACAGACUCAGGAUCUGAGAGAGGAUCUUCGCUUCGUUCGGAUGGAAGAUCAUCCCCCACGAAUAGCAUUGACAGUCCGUGCAAGCUUGUCUAGGCGAAGGAGUAACAGGAUGGCAGGUUUGACAAAUAGCUUCGAUAGUAUGCUGCCCGAUGGAAGGUACGAGGCAAGUAGAGCCCUUGGGAACAUAGCGUUUCAGAACCCUGGAUGUCUGGGACAGGCCCUCCCGCCGUCGGUGAUGGAGGCCAGUGGAGCUGCCGACGCUCUGAUGACCGACAACUGCUGGACUAUCGUCACUACAGAUGGCAUGCUGGAAGGGCUAACAGACGUUCUGCGCAACGGAAAUGUGAACAGCAAGCACGAGGCAGCACGGGUCAUCAACAACUGCGCAGCGUAUAGCUCAAACGCGGCUGAGUACAUCUCAUCACGCAUGGAGACGAUCGAGGCUCUCAAGAACCUCUGCGGUUCCGGAGGCAGAGCACAGAGAACGAAAGCAAAAGCGAUCGGAGCCAUUCAUUGUCUGAGCACCUACCCCCAGGCCAGGAAGACGCUAAUUGCCGUUCGAGUGGUGGAAGAAGCUCUGAUUCCUACCUUGCUACAAAAGAAACGACUGUUUGGAGAUGGGGAUGAGUACAAAGCCAUGCGAGCUGAUACUGUAUUAGCGCUCUACGACCACCAACUCAUGGCUGUGGCGAAUCUUUCAGGGAGCCUCGAAGAUUCUUUUCUUGCAGCAGAUGCUGAUUGUUUAAAGACAAUCAUCAAAUGCUUGAGACAUGGCUUAGACGGCAAAAUUUGGGCCGGGGUGGCAUGGACGGCAUACACAGCUUUGCUGCCGCUGACAAAUCUCACAAAAUGUGACAAGAACAAGGACCUUCUUGCUGAGCUUGGUCUGAUCGAUCUCCUAUGCCGAUGUCUGAAUGUCGGCUUGAGCAAGGUCGAGGAAUCACUGGCGAUGUCUUGCUUCGAGCACUUGGUGUUCUCUGCGGAGUGUCGAUCGCAUGUCGAUGAUAGGUGGGGAUUUUCAAGAAAAGCAAAGAGAAUGAUAUGGAUACUUACCAAGCAAAGCGAGAAUGCAAAGAUCGUCAAUAUGGCUCGACAACACAAUGAUCCAGAAAAAGGAAAGCAUGUGUAUCUCAGUUAUUUUCCUGAAAAUCAGCCUGAAAAAGUUAGGGCACUGAAAGAAAAGUUAGAUGGUCAUGGGUUUGUUCUCUGGUCGAAGAGCUCAAGCAGUGAGAAUGAGACUGCUGAAGCCAUCGCUUCCUCCUCCUUGGUCAUCUGUUGCAUCACUAGGGAGUACAAGGAGUGUCCCACUUGUAGAUUUGAAGGAGCGCUGGCGUUUGAACUUGGCAAGGAAAUUCUCUGCAUAGUGCUGGAGAACGGCUUCAAUGAAGUCUCGUGGGGCUGGCUCAGUGAGGUGAUCAGGGAUAAGACGUCCUUGGACUGGGGGGGAGAUGAAUCAACAGGGUUGACUCGCGCUAUCAACAUUGUGCUGCAAACGCACGGCAAGUUCUACGGAGUCGCUCUCCCUUCUCCUGUUCAAAGUCCAAACAUGAAGCCAAGAGCACGAGGAAGUCCGAAGGGAAACAGCAGCGAAGCAGCGAACCCGCGGAGACGGAUUCAAAACUAUUGA